AUGGCAAAGGAAUUCUCUACUGUGUCCUCGGAAUCGUCGCUCUCACCCCCUCCUGACAACAUCGCGUCAGCCACCGAGACCGCUACUGUAGCUCAGCCAGCAGCGAACGGCAAGAAGAGAAAGGCUGAGACGACCCCGCGCACAAGGAGGACUGAAGCACAGCAAGUCAACGCCGAGGAUGCUGCUGAGGGUGCUGGUUUGUCGUCUCGACCCAAGCGGCGCGCGAUCAAGAAGGUGAAGGUUACAGAAGAUGUUGAAGACGAGGUCGUGGCUCAAGAGAGUGGUGACGGCGAGGGAAAAUCGAAAAAAGUCGUUGUGAGACUCAACAAGAAGGGCGCCGCUACGAAGAAGACCAUGACGGAAGGCGAUAUGGUGGAGGACGAAGUCGAUGCCGAGAUUGCAAUUGAUGCAGGUCAAGAUGGCAAGAUCACAACCAAGACCUCCGUCAAGAAGACCAUCAGAGGCAAGAAGACGAAGGCCAAGGACGAACAUAGCGAUCGUGAAGACAAGCCGAAGCCCAAGGCUAAGGCUAAGACCAAAGCCAAGACUGCAAAGAUCCAACCACCCCGUGCAGAGCGCACCAAAGACAUCAAGCAUCGGAUCGGUGCACACGUCAGCAUCGCCGGAGGUGUGCACAAUUCUAUUGUCAACAUGGUAUACAUCGGGGCUAACGCCUUCGCUCUGUUCAUGAAGAACCAGCGUAAAUGGGAGUCUUCUGCCAUGGAUCCCGAACAUGCAGAGUUGUUUAUUCAAGGGUGUAAAGACCACAGCAUCAACGCUGCAGAGUGCUGUCUGCCCCAUGGCUCUUACCUGGUCAACCUUGCUCAUCCCGAUCCUGUUCGCAUGAAGCAGGCCUACGACUCGUUCUUCGAUGAUCUGACACGUUGUCAUGCGCUUGGCAUCAGGCUCUACAACUUCCAUCCUGGCAAUGCAAAUGCGACUACCCGCGAGGAGGGCAUUCGGAUCAUUGCCGAGAACCUCAACCGAGCGCAUGCGGAUCCAGCGACUGGUAAAGUCGUUACCGUGCUUGAAACGAUGGCAUCUCUCGGUAAUACCAUCGGUGGCACAUUUUCCGACCUCGCCGCUAUCAUCAACCUUGUCAAGGACAAGAGCCGUGUAGGUGUUUGUCUAGACACCUGUCAUGUUUUCGCCGCUGGCUAUGAUUUGCGCUCACCUGAAGCCUACGCUGAGACCAUGCAAAAGUUCGACAAGGAGAUUGGACUAGAGUACCUCAAAGCCUUCCACGUUAACGAUAGCAAGGCCCCAUUGGCAAGUUACCGUGAUAUGCACGCCCGUAUCGGAACCGGAUACCUAGGUCUUCAAGCAUUUCACAACCUUAUGAACGACGAGCGAUUCUAUGGCCUUCCCAUGGUUCUCGAAACACCUGUCGACACCAUCGACGAGAACGGCAAGAAGAUAGAGGAUAAGGGUAUCGAUGCUCGUGAGAUCAAGUUGCUUGAGAGCCUAGUCGGCAUGGACAAUAGCUCAGACGAGUUCAAGGCGCUCAGUACGCGUCUCCAAGACGAGGGUGCAGCCGAGCGUGUGCGCGUUGGCGAUCAGGUACAGAGGAAAACCAUCAAGGAUGCGAAGCCGAAGAAGAAGCGCGCGACCAAGAAGAAGGAUGAGAGUGAGGAUGAUGAGGAUAUGGAGGAAUAA